GCGGCAACUGUAGAAAGCUCUUUUUCUCUGUAUUGUAAGCUGGCAGUGCUUGUUACACCUCAAGCUGCGCCAGUUCAUUCGCAUUCUUAUGUCGUGGUAGUGUCGCUGUCGCUCAAAGCACUGUCAUACCUUCAUUUAUCUGCGUCAUUCGGCCAAGAAACAUGUCGGCAACCAGUGCCACUCCGCGCUCCAGCUUCUCCCACUCCAACAAGCUGGAAGACCAAGCAGCAUCAGCAGCUUUACGUGACUCUCGAGAUACUGCUCGAAAGCGAAGCUCCUCCUCCGUUCUUGACGGGGACGGCCGGCUAUCUUCUGCCAGUGCCGCCCUAUCGCUAAAGUACGCUCGAGCCCAAGACCUACCUUCUUAUCCCUCGACUGGAGGAGUAAAAUUAGCCUCCGCCGGCGCAGCCGCCAGUCUCGCAGAGUCAAACAAGAAACCCUUCGAACAUUGGACGCCGAGUUCAAUUCCUGCAGCAAACACAGCUGCCACUAUAGCAAAGGAUUACGAGAUGGAGCCGCUAUGGCAGCCAGAGUCCAGCAAAGCUGGCUCAAAAGCCGCAAUCGCCGCACAGAGAGAUUCUGCGCCGGUAGACAUUUGGAAGGCGCCGGAAACGGAGCAGGGUUCCUCUGCUGCGUCUUCUGCGCUUCACAAUCAAUUCUCUCCGCCUGCGAUAACCGAGAGGGAAGUCUCGUCCGAUGGUCGCAAAAAGGCACUUCUAGCCGCCACAGCAUCCAUGUCAAGUGGAAGACGCCGGGCCGAAUCAGCACCUAUGCGGCCGCAACCACCACAAGGCAACUCUGCAUGGGCCCUCAAGGCGGCAGGAUCAGUACAUGGACGGAAACCUUCUGAUGCACCAGCACCGCAGGCAGUCGAUAUGUUGGGCGCGGAUCCAGCCAGAGUCCAGAACAUCGCCCGAAAUAAUGUUAACAGACAGAUGUAUACCGCAAACCCUCCGGUCGCAAUUGAGGUUGAGGAGAAGAAUCGGCAGGACACUUUGCGUGCAUCUGCAGUAGCCAUGGCGCGGAAGAUGUAUGCCAUUCAACAAGCACAAAUUGAUGAAGCAAAGGGAUCCCGUCGGUCAGACAGUCAUUUUGCCGCAUACACUGCCCGGCAGAGAGCACUAUCAGAUGCAGCGAAUCAAGUUGUGCCCGAAGAGGCUCCUCGAUACGAGAACCUAGAGGAAGCUGCGCGCAGGUUGGCGCAGGAGCGUUUGUCUAGAUUACAUGACGAACACGCAGAAUACCGACAGUACUAUGGUCAGCAGUCGCCACCUAAACAGUCUCGACUAACGAUACGGCGCGGUCGGAGGACCCCCAAUCUCCAACAGGAGGAUAGUGACUCAGAUGAAGAGCAGUCUCGGAAGAUCAGAUCGCAAAUGUCCAUCUUCCAGAGCAAGUUGGCUGAGGUUGACGGCAAGAAGCGACAAGCCGACAGAGAUGCAUUGCUGGCAAUUGCUCACAAGAAUGUCACUGCACGUAUGAAUGCAAUAGAUGAAAAGGUGUUUAGUGAGACGGGCAAGACAAGCCCUCAACAACGAGAACUAUGGGAGCGACAAGCUCGAGAAAGAGCUCAACGAGAAAGCGACGAAAGAAUGAUCAAUGUUGGGAAAGUCCAUAUUGGAGGUGGCAAAUAUCUGGAGCAGUCAGAGAUCGAUGCUAUUGCGAAGGCUCGGUUGCAACCAACCUUGGACGAAAUCACCGAGAAGGCUGAAAAGCAACGAGCCAGGGAUGAGGAAAUCAGGCAAGAGCAAGAAAGAAUCAAGGCUGAGCAGGAAGCCGAGAAAUCGCGUCUAGCACAAGAGAAAGCAGAACAGAGGGCCGCAGCUGAACGAGAAAAAGCUGAAGCCAAGGCUCAAAGAGCUGAAGAGAAACGAGUUCAGCAUGAGCAAAAACAUGAAGAACGACGUAUCAAGACCGAACAAAAGGCUGCCGAAAGGAAGGCACGCGACGAGGCUAGAGCGGCCGCUGAUGAGGAGAAGAGACAGUCGGGAGCCACUAAGCCUCGGAUCCUGCCCAGCUUCCUCUCGAAAGGAGCUGCAGGAGGAGGAACAGCCGCAGCUGUUGACGGCACGGCACAUGCAUCAGAGGGCACCGCAGGAACUAUGACGGUGCCCGAAGUGGAGCCUGGGGAGAUCACUGGAGACACUGUUCACGACCAGGUCACACUCGAUGCAGGUGAAGCCGCCUAUGCUGUUGCCGCCAUUGACGUCGAAGAUGAGGCGGCAAUCAAGCCGACGGCAGAGUCAAGAGACGCAGAGGAUGUUGGCCUCAAGGACGAGACUCACGGUCACCCAUAUACGGCGGCACAGGAACCAACAUCACCCACGUUCCCCGCCUCGCCAGCCUCGCCGUCUAAGCGAGAUUCGAAGGUGAAGUCCUGGUUCAAGAGAUUCAGGAGUGGAAGCAAAACAGAGAACGAAUCGGAGACGCCAGCUCUGCGAGAUGGAGAGCCUGAUCCCAUGGGAACGGGUCGGACUGCCGAACCGAUCAAGAGUACGGAGGAAGAGGACAAGCACGAGUCUGAUUCUAUUCGCGACGUCGCUCUGGCGGGUCGAAAGAGUGAAGCAGAAACGGACGACAUGUACGGCGACUCUAACCGGCCAGAGGGAAGAGUCUCUCCAGUACAUGACGAGCCGACGAGCCAUCAGAUUGUCACCGGAGGUACCGAGCCAGAGAGGUCGGUCAGCCCAGUGUCUGAAUCAUCUGAGCUCAGUCAGGAACCGUUUGUGAUUGCUGCUGAUGUGGCCUCUUCGAGGUAUUCAGCAGACGCCGGAGGAUCAAAGCGAGACUCUGGUAUGGACCAGGCUGGAGCCGUAUCCGACACCGACUCCGAGCCUCGAGGUAGGAAAGGCUUCCGCGAGCGACUCCUCAAGAAGGUCAUCCCUGGCAGGCACAAGGACGAGGAUAAGCAUAAGUCUGCCACAGAGACCGCUGCAGUAAAACCGACAUCCCCUAUUGCAGAGGAAACCACCCACUACCAGACCACAGAACCAGCGGAGCAUGCUCCGACUGAUGAGACUCACGCCAACCCGGACCCUCAAGUCCUUGCAAAGACCGAACCAUUGAGGGAGAAGAUCCAGGAGCCGUCGACAACCUCGACUGAAGCCGCCAACACCGCGACAGAUGCAACGACCCCAGCACUAACGCACACACAAACCAACGGCGAAGACGACGACGACGACUUCGAAGAGGCACGCGAUACAUUCGAUGAACAGAGAUUAGGUCCACCGCCCAAGCUAGUCGAAGUAUCCAAGAUGGAGGCGCCGCGUUUGGUCGAGGUCAGCAGUCCGACGCAAAAGAAGUCCACAGAGUCUCCAGCCGGCCGCAACAGCAUUGGUAGUGGGAGUCGGUUUACGGAGGAGCUGUAAGAUAUGGCAGAAUCCGCCGGAUGAGGGUCGAAUAUCAUGGUGGGGAGAACAAGAGGGACGGAAGGAUACGGAGCGACCGAUACUCGAUAUUGCUUAUCUGGAUGAGCUUGAUGAUUGAUUACUGGAUAUUUGCGAUAUCCAGUCUAUGUGCUGUCAAUUUUGCAUGCUACGCUAUGUUAUGCUAUACCAGGGUUUACGCUAGGAUUAAGUUGCAUGUUACAGCAUCUCAUACCAGAUGAAUGUCACUACCUGAAUGCUAGCAUCGUGCAUGUCCAUGGCUUUCUAUUUAACGAUGCAUAGGCUGAUGGUUAAUAACAUCGUAGACACCAUCAUAUACC